AUGGAAGUAGCGGAUGAGUUAUCUGAACGUUCAGGACUUUUGGGAUGUGCUACCUAUUGUGUUGGAGGAAAACGGAGAGACGUUCCGGUGAGAGUUAUGAAUGUCUGCACAGAACCUGUAAUAAUACAUAAAGGACAGAGUUUGGCGGAAUUUACUGAAGCAACUGCGUUGGAUGGAGUGGAUAGAAGACCAGUUGGAAAGAGUACCGAUAUUUACAACCCAAUGGUUGACAUAGAUCUGGGUGAGUCAUUGAGCUCUGAUAAGAAACAACAAUUGGGGAAUCUUCUAAAACGUCAUCGGGACGUGUUCGCUUAUUCAGGCAAUGAAGGGUAUUCAGUGGAUGUUGAACAUAAGAUAUCGCUUACUACCAAAACUCCAAUAGCUUGCCACCCUCGACGACUACCUACAAGAUGGAAAGCUGAGGUUGAAUAUCAGGUGACACGAUUACGGCGAGAUGGGAUAAUUCGACCAUCUACUUCUGGAUAUACGGCACCUAUAUGUCCAGUUAGUAAAAGUGAUGGGAGUCUUCGUUUAUGCGUAGACUACAGACAGUUAAAUAGUAAAACUAAAGACACAGCAAUACCAACUGGGAGUCUUCAAAGGUGA